CAUUCAUAAUAAUAUCAAAGAAACCAUAAACAUAAACAUAACAUUGUGCUUGUGUUGUUUUGGGUGCGUAGCGCGUGCCACUCCUACUUCAACCUUCAAACUCCAACCUCAAAUCAAUUUCCAUUCUUCCAUUUUCCCAUCACACCUCCAACUUCUAUUCACACCCCCCCAUUCACGGCCUCUUUGUUUGUUUAAAUGUGUUGAAACCUGCAUUAUUUGAACGUGGAUGGAAUGUUAUGGAGUUAGUUGAAAGAGAUCAGUGUUAAGUUGUGAAGGAUUAAAAAGAACAUGGCUCCUUCUAGCAAAGCUGAGAAGAAGGCAGCCGUAGAUGCUGCCGCAUGGAUGUUCAAUGUUGUCACUUCUGUUGGAAUUAUCAUUGUAAACAAAGCUUUGAUGGCUGGUUAUGGCUUCAGUUUUGCUACAACGUUAACGGGUCUUCAUUUUGUUACUACAACUUUGAUGACGGUCAUACUUCGGAUGCUGGGAUAUGUCCAGCCUUCUCAUCUUCCCUUGUCCGAACUUCUAAAAUUUGUUAUCUUUGCUAACUUCUCUAUAGUUGGAAUGAAUGUCAGUCUAAUGUGGAACUCAGUUGGAUUCUAUCAAAUUGCCAAAUUGAGUAUGAUCCCUGUAUCCUGCUUGUUGGAAGUUGCUUUGGACAAGAUUCGAUAUUCAAGAGACACAAAAUUGAGCAUAGGUGUUGUUCUUUUGGGCGUUGGUGUUUGCACUGUUACUGACGUGAGUGUAAACACGAAAGGUUUCGUUGCCGCUUUUAUAGCAGUGUGGAGUACAUCUCUGCAGCAAUAUUAUGUUCAUUAUCUUCAACGGAAGUAUUCACUAAGUUCUUUCAACCUUUUGGGACAUACAGCACCCGCACAGGCCGGAUCGCUACUGUUAUUGGGGCCCUUCCUAGACUAUUGGUUGACGAACAACAGAGUUGACCAAUAUGCUUAUGAUGCAGGCUCUUUGACUUUCAUAAUCCUGUCAUGCACUAUCGCAGUUGGAACCAACCUCAGCCAAUUUAUCUGCAUUGGAAGAUUUACUGCUGUAUCUUUUCAAGUACUUGGCCACAUGAAAACAAUACUUGUUUUAAUAAUGGGAUUCUUUUUCUUUGGGAGGGAAGGUCUCAAUCUUCAUGUAGUUGUAGGGAUGAUAAUAGCUGUGGUUGGAAUGAUGUGGUAUGGCAAUGCCUCAUCAAAGCCUGGUGGAAAGGAACGUUGGAGUCACUCUCUCCCGACGAGCAAAACAGAAAGCCGAUGAUAGUUUUACUGCAAUUCACUCAUUAUGAUGGGUUUUUAUUUGCAAAAGUUGAGCAUAAGAUAGUUGAUUCUAGGAAAGAAUUUAAUUAUUUUUGAAUUAAACCUUAUUGGUUCUAAUUAUUUUAACCUACUCAUCUGUGAUUCUUUAAAUUUGAUUUCUUAUUUUGGAUACUAGUUGAUAUUGAUAUUUCGUUA